AGUCCAGGACUGCUGUGCCAGUGCAGACAUGCUUAUAAAGUGGAGUUCUAGAGUUGGUUAUAGAAUUGUGGUUACUCAGAGCCAGCCAUUCUUUGCAGAAUGUUAGAAAACCACCUUCCUUUAUUGAUACUGAUCAGUGGAUGGGCCAGGGCUCUGUGACUGGUGUGGCUGGCUCUGACAAUCCUACCCAGUCAUUCUGGGUUCGGAGUACAUGGGGCAGAUGCAUUUUGUGUUGUUCAGAUCAUAUUAAUGUGUUCAUUACUUAACUCCCUUAAAACAUGCUUCUGGUAUUGAGAGUGUUCUAAUAUUUUACUCUUUCUUUCGACCUUCCCCAACCUGGUAUUCUCCAGACAUUUUAAACUACAGUUCCCAUUAUCUUGGGCCAUUGUGGCUAAUUAUUGGGGUUGAUAGAAGUUUAUUUACUCUAUUGGAGUUAUGUGCUGCCCAACAGACAAAUGUCCUCAAGAUGGUUUCCUAUCAAAAGAAGCAAUAAUAAGGUGACCACUGAGAAAAUAUCAUAAAAUUCGCUUAUUAAAGCCAGCUUUAGGGCUAAUAAAAAUUAAAGAACAAAUACCUGCUGGAAAUAAAAGUGUUUGACCUGUUUUCUAAAAGCAUAUAAUGAAGACAUCUGGUGCAUCCCCCUGAGAAGGCUACUGCAUGGAAGGGAGGCAAAUGCAGAAAAGGUUUUUUGCCUGAUGGCUGCCUCCUACACCACUGUGGACCCCGACGCCCAGGGAAGAACCUUUAAACAUGAUCUUAACAGGACAAAAGGGAGAAGACUGCCCUUCAAAUAGAUGGGUCAGAAGCCAUUUAGGGCUUUAGGCAACUAGUGCUGCAGUAGAUUUAUGACUGUAGUAAUAUGUUUGAACCUGACAGUAAGCAGCCUCGCGGUUCUGCUCUGCACUUACUGAAGUUUCUGGAUUCUGUUCAGAGGGAGCCUCAUGUAUAAUGCAUAGCAGUGAUCUAAGUUGGAUGUUAGGCAAAAAAAUCCCUAAGUAGGGGAAGUCUGUUAUUAUGCUAUAAAGCAAAUGUAAUGUUGUCACCUAAGCACUUACAUGGAAGAGGGAAUUUAUACAAAGUGCACGGUCAGAAGCCUCAUAAUUCAGUUUCCACACCACGGAAUAUGUAUUUCUAUGGCCUCUGUAAAACAUAAUGACUAAUCCUAUGUAUAGAAUUUUCCAAUUUCAAAAUGUUACUGGGAAGUUUCUAGAUUGAGAUCAGCUGUACUUUGGCUAGUGGUGUUUUCCUGGCAUUCAUUGGACUUGCAACUAUAAGGAUAGAAACCUUUUAUAUCAGUUAAGUUCUAAAAUAGCAUAAUUGUCGUUCAGACUGUAAUUAUGUCAGUCCUGAAUUGCUUAUAAAAGAUAAGAUUUCUUUUUAUAGUAUAUAACUUAUCUUGAAUUCAAGCCAAUUUUACUGUUAAGUUUGCAACAUAGACUUAUUCCUCUUCCUAAAUUCCUAUUUUUUCCUGUUUCCCUGUAUGUGCCAGUCUUGCCCUGAGAGCCCCAAAUCAUGUAGCAUAACAACUCUCUAAUAGUUUGACUUCAGUCAGUACAUUUUAGUACUUGCAAUGUUUCUAAUGCUAAAUAGCUUCCCUUUAAAAGGUUACAAAUGUGUUCUAUGUCAUUUGUUUUUAAGAGAACUUGUAUUGGCAAAUUCCACCCUAGCUUGUAUUCAUUAGAAGCCUGUAGAAUACAAUUAGCAAAUUGUGAUUUUUUUGGUUUUAAGCCCCUGCUUUGGGAGCUUUCCAAAAGAUAAUACAAAAAUUAAAGCCCAUUUAAACAAUCCUUUUAAAGCCACUUUUUAAAAAGGGAGGUGAAAAAGGAAGCUAAGGGGAGCCAACAGGUGGAUAGUAUGAAAAGAUUUUAUUCCAGCAAGUACUUUUAGCAGCUUGGUAGACAGAUGUGACUGUGUGUACAAAGCAUAGGUGCUCCUGAGACUUAUCCAGUGAGCUUGGUUCAGAAAAAAGUGCUGCCUCACUUCUGUUGGAACCCAGGUGCUGGUUGCCAGAUGCACUUUUGUAAGCAGCAGGGGCUAAUGGCUGCUUUUAUUUUUUUCAAACCCGACUGUUGUAAUAGGGAAAUGCUAGAGCUGCACAUAGCCUGAACUUUAUGUAUUCAAAGGGAAAAUGAUACUGGUCAUUAUGCUCAGUGAGAGCAUAACUCUUUUCCUCUAGUUUCCUCUAGUUUCCUCUAUUUUCCUCUAAAAAUGCCAUUAUGGACUGCAUUUGUAUAGUACUGCACUGUUGUGGUCCAGAGAUAGGGUACCAGUGUGCCACUUGGCAGACACCAGGAUGCCCUAGUUUUCCCACUCUAAAACACACACACACAUUCUGUUACUUUUUUUUGUGUUGCCUUACCAACCAUGGCAGCCAUUUUGUGAUAUCACCAAAGACAGUUUCUCUAAUCAGCCACUGCUUCAAAAUAGUCGCCAAAUAUUGAAGGAGAAACUGCUUCAGAAUGACUGCAGCUGGACCUAAAUUCAGCUGAGGGAGUGGGGUGAAGAGACUGAGUUUGUGAGGGGAGAAAUUUAGCUGCUGUCUCUGCUUUAGUCUGUUUAAAGCAAAUUUUGUGCUAUCCUUGACUGGUUUGUGAUGAGUGGCACAGCCUAGGGCUGCUCUCUAGUUGGGAUUCAGCAUGGAGAGGCAUUUUUAGUGCAAUGCAGAGUAGGUGCUACAAAUGCACAUUCUUAAAUGCUUCUUCAGCUACUCAGAGCUCUAUCUCAUAAUAGGAAGGCAAUGGAGGUAACUGGCACAAUCCUGGAAGGUGCAUUUGGCAUGAUCUUAAGCCCCUGGUCUUUCAGGUGCGGUACAGAUUGUUUAUAGAUAGCAUUUUCAUUCUGCACUUGAGCCAAAAAACUUCCCUGAGUAGCUUGUAAAUUUAAGAAAUAAGGCAGUCUGUACCUCUAGGCUUGGAACCGAAGAGACAUGGCACCCUGGGUCAGGGAACUAGGAGGAAGGCGGGGUAAGUUAGUCUGCUUAGCAUUUUCUUAGUUGGGGAAGAAGCAUUUUCUUGAGUCCAUGAUUCAAGUCAUAUAAUAAAGGGUUCUCUUGGAUCAUGCCAGUCUGGGUCCAUCCUGUCUGGGCUUCUGUUUCUCCCUGUGGUCUCCCAGAGUCCUCUGAGAAGUAUACAAACAAACUACUAAGGAGAUUGCUUUCUCCUGUCCUAGCUUCCUAGCCACUCGUAUCUAGGCCCAUGCAGCUUCUGAAGCUGCAGGUCCAUAUAAUCAUCAUUAGUAACCAUUGCAAGACCUCUUGUCCUUUAAUUUGCCUUUCUAGAGUCAUCUGAACUAGUGGCUGUCCUUACAUCAAUCAAUACAUGAAAGAUGAACUGUGUAAAGGAUGACUUUACAAAUGACCAAAUCCCUCUCCCCUGCAGUCAAGCACUAACCUGCAUUUUCUGUCUGUGCCUUGUGUUGAAGAGUGUGACAGAAGGCAUGGUGGAGAGAGGGUCUUGAGAUAAAAGCAUGGAAGAACUGCGGUCUGAGAUAAUGGAGUUGGCAGGCUUAUUAUAUUCUACUUAACAAAGUGGCAGAUAUUAAUAAGGCAUGGGUGGAUGGGUGCACCAGGUUCAGUUCUGCAAAUUAAACAAUGGAGAAUGAUAAUGAUUAAAAUAGGGCAUUGGUAGGCCUUUGUUUGGGCUCAUUUCAGGUAAGAGUGUAUCUCUCUUCAAUGCAAUUUAAACUUUUUUGUGCAGGCAUCAAGUGGUAGAUCACUAGGUGCAGUGCGGGCAGUUGUUCCUCGUUUGAUCAGCAGUAGUCAUGUACACAAAAAACCACACUUUGGAUGGAUUGCUAAAGUCAUCUGUGUACCUUUUAAAGGAAGAGGAAAAGGGCCAGAAAAAGUGUUUCAGACUCCUAGGCAUCAGCAUUAAAUUUUAUGUGCAAUCCCAUCCUGGGGCGGAAAAAAAUGUUUAAAGAUAAGUGCAAAUGACCCAUUACAUGCAAUUAAGUGUAAAUUUUCCCCGAGUGGUUUCUUUAAAAUUUAGGGUAAAAUUGUAUAAAGUGAUAAGUUGCCAUACCAUGUUGAACAGAGGGUGUGUGUGUGUGGUUUUGUUGAGGGUCUGUUUAACUCUUUCCUGUCAGUCCAGUUUUCCUAUUUUUUUCCUCCCUUGUGGAGUUGCUGUGUUUCUUUCCUUGCAGGGAUUAAAAACUGUGUGUUACAGGGAAGGGGUGAGCCAACUCUGAACAGGAAAUGCAAUAGAAGGAGUGAUGGUUAAGUAGACCAUGGCUCUCUGCUCAGGAUCAUAACCUUCAGGAGCAGAUUUUGAUUUGAAAAAAGGAGACAGGGGUCCUGUUGGUUUUAAUAUUUACAGUAAGAAAUAAGAUGGCACUCAAUGAAGACCUCAGCGUGUCACAUAUACACACAGAGCAAACUACAGGCUUGAAGGGCAAACAGCUUAAACUGAGUGUGGAAUGAGCCAGUCUACAUACUCAUGAGCCAAUUCAAUGCAGAGGAAAGGAGGGGGGAAUCUUCAAGGUCCCUCACUUAACUGAAUUGGGAAAAAUAAGUCUUCUUUGACCUUGGAUAUGGUGGAGUCAAAUACCAGAACAACUAGGAGGAAGGAAAAAAUCAUAAGAGAUCAUGCAGAGAGGAGUUUCAAUGUUCCAUAUCUAGGUUCCAGAAAGAAUAUUGAUUUUAACUAAUUAGCCAUGUCUGACGACGCUGUCUAGUGAAAAACAGAGAAUUGAAAUGUCUGUGCCACUGGGUGUCCAUUAACUAUAUGACUGUGGCCAGAUAGAAAGAAGGAGUAUGCAACUAGAUUGUCACACUUGAUAAUUACUAUAAUUUUUCACUACCUUUUUUAAGAGUUCUGUUUCUCAGAGUAUGAACAGGAAUCCCAGAUGAUGCCAGUUAGCACACAGAUGGAUUUGGGAGUUGUUAAUUACAGUUUCAUCAGUUCAAAUGUAUUUAUUUAUUUAUUUAAAACAUUUUUAUGCCGCCCCCAUCGCAACAAAGCCUCGGGGCGGCUCACAAUGUAGUCUACCAGAUCUUUGAACUUGAUGUUGAUUACUAAAGUUGGGGGGCAUAUAUGAAUAACUAAGUGAAUCUUUAAGUAUAGCAAGUGAUUAUACCGAAAAAAGAAAGGAAAGAAAACAAUUGCAUUGCAAAAUACUUAUGCAAACUAGUUGUAGAUGGCUUGCAUUCUUCACUGAAUGACUAAUGCAUGUUGUUAGAUUUUUAUUUUUAUUUAUUUAUUUUGCUCUCAUUUGUAAAAAGUUGACAGUGAGUUGAUUUGAAGUUAUACAGGCAAAUUUAUUGGGUACUUGUCUGCUGACUGGGCACAAAAUCUGGAGGGUUUGGUAGAAUUUGGCCCUCUAAAAGUGAGAUCUACAUCUAAAACUGCAUUCCAGUGUACAUUUAGCUGAAGCAAAGCCACUCUGAACUUCAUGGAAUUCAUUUCUAUAUAAACAUAUUUGGAAUCUGACAUUUUUGAAGGGAAAUUUGGCAAAGGUGUAUAGAAACUCCAGAAUUCUGCCAGUUCAGCUUAGAUGUUAUCACUGACAGAAAGCAAAAUGUACAGGUGUGGUGGAUACAUUUUUUUCUUGAUAUGGACUGGUAAGCUCACUGUUGUAUAGAGGAAUAAACCUCCUGGGAUUCUCCCCUUUGAAGACUGCUUCAGUAUAGCAGAACCAGCUUAACUUCCUUAACUUCUGUUGGCAAUGCAAGAAAAGGAGCUCACCAUUGGAAGCUGACUGUGCCUGUGAGUCAUGUGACUUACAGCUUUACCAAAGAGUCUAAAUUGUCAGUUCAACCAGUCACUCACGGCUGAAGGCAUAGAAUAGACUCUGGGAGCUGGGAUCUCCUGUAGUUAAGAGGUGCUGUGGGCAAACGAGUACUGCAGGUGGCUCCAUGUCACAGUUUCAGAGCCCGUGGGAAUUAUACCAGUCAAGAAUACCAAAUGAUCUGGAUGUCGAAAUGGAGCCCAUGGCAUCUUGCCCAUCCUUUCCAGAUCCAGCCAGUGACUUUGACAGGAACAUUCCCCGUAUCUGUGGUGUAUGCGGAGACAAAGCUACUGGAUUUCAUUUUAAUGCGAUGACCUGUGAAGGUUGCAAAGGAUUUUUUAGGAGGAGCAUGAAAAGGAAAGCGAUGUUCACAUGUCCUUUCAAUGGCGACUGUAAGAUCACCAAAGAUAACCGUCGGCACUGCCAGGCUUGCAGGCUGAAGCGUUGCGUUGACAUAGGCAUGAUGAAAGAGUUUAUUCUGACAGAUGAAGAGGUUCAGAGGAAAAGAGAUAUGAUCAUGAAGAGAAAGGAGGAAGAAGCUCUUAAGGAGAGCCUGAAGCCCAAAUUGCAGGAGGAGCAACAGCGAGUCAUUGAGGUGCUCCUUGAGGCCCACCGCAAAACCUACGAUCCCACUUACUCUGAUUUCAGCAAAUUCCGGCCUCCUGUGCGAGACAGUUCAGGGAAAAGAAGUACAACUAGAUCGUCCUCUGUCGUAACUCAAGGUUUCUCUUCCUCGGAAGACUCCUCAGAUACAUUCAGCUCCUCCCCAGAGCCAAAGAUGUUCUCCAAUCUGGAACUGAGUGAUGACAGUGAUGAAAGCUCAGCCAUGGCCAUAGAAUUCUCACACCUCUCCAUGCUGCCUCACCUCGCUGACCUGGUUAGCUACAGCAUCCAGAAAGUGAUUGGAUUUGCCAAGAUGAUUCCCGGCUUCAAGGAUUUAACAGCAGAGGACCAGAUUGCUCUGUUGAAAUCCAGUGCCAUUGAAGUAAUUAUGCUCCGUUCGAAUCAGUCAUUUUCACUGGAAGACAUGUCCUGGACCUGCGGGAACAACGACUUUAAAUACAAAAUCAGUGAUGUCACUCAAGCUGGCCACAGCCUGGACCUUCUCGAGCCCCUCGUGAGAUUUCAAAUCAGCCUGAAGAAACUCAACCUGCAUGAAGAAGAGCAUGUGCUUCUGAUGGCCAUCUGCAUCCUCUCCCCUGACCGCCCAGGCGUUCAGGACACUGCUCUGGUGGAGUCCAUCCAAGAUAAUCUUUCAGAAAUCCUGCAGACGUACAUUCUCUGCCGACACCCCCCUCCAGGCAACCGUCUGCUCUACGCCAAGAUGAUCCAGAAGCUCGCAGACCUGAGGAGCCUGAACGAGGAGCAUUCCAAGCAGUAUCGGUGCCUCUCCUUUCUGCCUGAGCACAGCAUGCAGCUCACUCCGCUGGUCCUCGAAGUCUUUGGCAACGAGAUCUCUUGACUUGGCAGCAGGCACAAACACUCGAAGUGAAGGAAGGUGUCGGUCCAGCAUCCCCUGGUGGCACAUGGAGAACUUUGGCCCAAGUGUCGUUUUGCAUAUUGUGUUGGCAGGGGGUUUUCCUUUUGGGUUUAAUCCACACUACCAGAGGGACUGCAUUGUGUGUACAUCCUGAGUCUUGGCCUUUGCACUGCUGUUGAGCAGCAAGCUGCGAACUAGCCCCUCUCUCCUGCCAGUCCAAACCAAACCGCUCUCUCACUUGCUGCUUUGCCCUGAUGAAGCUGCUUGCCGCUUUCCUCACUGCUGAGCUUUCCAAGACAGCAGCUGAAACUUCUGCACCGUGUGUUAAAGAAGGCAAUGACCGCAUGAGAACUUCCACGUAACAUUGGUGGAGCUUAGGGCCUGGGAGAGACUGGCCAUUGGGUAUUCUUGCCAUGCCAUGCUGAGAGUUUUCCAUCCAGGAUGACUAUAGCAUGCAGAGAUGGUCGAAGGGGUUAUUUUUUCCUGUGCACAUCCAUCUAAUUUUCUGCCCAAUACAAAGGCUCUUUGGCACAAAAAAAGUCUAUUUAUUAGCCUAAUAAUUAAUAGGAAGGAAAGGUUUACUGAAAUAUAUAACCUGUAUCAUCUUUCCAAGGGUAUUUUUUUAAGUGAUUGGUCCAUUGUGUACAAACUUGCCCAGCACAUUGUUGGCACUAAAUAAAUCUGUAAUAGGAGGGGCCAAUUUGAACUAGCUGUGCUCCCCUCACUCAGCGGUUGUGGGGAAUCCUGAACAGCCCAGCCCCUGCCAGGAUCUCCAUGCUGUUCCAUGAAAAAGGAACCCCCCAGGCCCAUGCCAUGGUUGCAGCUUUUGUCCUUACAGUUUCAAACACUACUAACUGCUAGGAGGUGAUUUCAAGCAACCCGGUGGUAUGGAGCUGACUUCAAGUCUGUCCAAGAGGGCUGAGCUGCUUAGAAUAAUGAUUUAGUAUCACUUUCAAGUGAUGUGGCGAGUCUCCUGGUGAUCAGAUCAAGCUAUGUACAAAGCCUAAGUAUCAGAGCUGCCAUAUGAAGAAGUGAUUUUCAGCGAUCCCCUGUUGGGACAUUUGAGUCAGACUUUCAUCAUACUCAGGGAAGCUGAAAUUUAUUUUUGUCACUCAUGAGAUGUUUACUGUGAGCUUGACAACCUCUGAGCAACAUGACCUCUGGAAAAUUUAAGCACAUGUGAGCUGUCUGCAGACAAGGGAAGGAAUCUGUCUUCGGUAUUAAGUCAAAUAAUGUCUUUGCAGAGUAGCUAUUUGUUAUAGGUAAUUGUUGCUAUAUAUAGAAGUUGAAAUAAGACAAUCUCUUUUACUGGACCAACUUCUGUCUGGUAUAGGAGUAUGCAAGUGCUUGGGUGGCACCAAGUUUUUAAACAAGAAAAAUGGAAAAAGUUAAUUGUCAACUGCAGAGAGAGCACAAAGCUGGUUACAGUCGGGCAUUUUCCCCAUUGUUUUGGAUAGAUACUGGCCCAUUCAGAAAACACCUAUACUACCCCUGACACCAGCAUGCCACUGUAUUUGCAGAGAUCACUGCAGUUUGCAUACUGCAGACAGCUGCAGGUGAUCCCCAAAGUUUCCGGUGAGAUGAGAGGAACGGAAUUGCAUGGAUACAAGAUGGUUUCAUGGAGCGGAUCCCGGGGCUUCCUGACAUUGUGUUGGUGGGGUGGGAGUAGGAUUACUCAGAGCCACAGCUCUGGGUCCUGCUUCCUCAGAGCUAGGACUUGAAAGGCUGAGCUCCAGCCUGCCCCCACUCACAGCUCACAUGCAAGGCAUGCCCCUGGCUGCCUCCUCCACAGUCACAACUGGGCCUUGGAGGAGAGGAGGCUGGGGCCAUGGACUUAGGCCAGUCCCGGUCAGCACCCCAGCUGCCUUCCCUUCCCCUCCCAGUGCUAAGUCAAGAGGGCCAAAUGCACAGACAAGGCAGGAGGGUGGCAGCAGCCUCGCCAUCGCCACAGCUCACUCUGUGCACAGGAUGCCCAUAGCCUCCAAGGCUGCAUCCGGGGCGGGGGGCACUGGAUCGCACCCUCAGUAUGGCAAGGCUGGGAUUGUGUUGGUGAGAAGCAGCACACGCAGGCAGCACAAGGCUGAGGUGACUGCUUCCUUUUUGGAGUCAACUCUCACAGUUACUCACUAGGUGUCAGUAGGGUAACACGACAGAAAGUGUUUCUGAUGUAAAGUGCUUUGGGUUUGCUGCAUAGCAAUGAAUCUUCCCCCCAAAUUAUGAGUAGAUCGUUAUACUCUAAAAUUAGUCUAAAUUACUAGGAUUGGGAGGCUUCAUCAAAGUCUUAACUUCCUUCUGUACUUGUUUGAGAGUUGGCACAAGAGCAGCCCACCCACAUGGAGUAAGUCACUGUGGUGUGUGCGCGCGAGCGUGCGCAUGUGGGUUCCCCUCCUCCCACAACCACACCGCUGUCUCAUACUAAGAGCCAUGCAGGAUCAGACCAAGGACCCUUCUAAUCCAGCCUUCUGUUCUCAUGGUGGCCAAGCAGACGCUCCAGUGGGAAUCCCAUAAACAGGACAUUUCCAUGUCUAUGGAGGCAAAGCCACUAAAGACCACACCUUUGUAGACUUAAAUGAGGAGGAAAGAAAGCGCCAUUGCUUACAUGUCUCCUGAUAAGUGCUUGCCAUGUAAGCCUUCAGAUCUCCUUUCCAAACUUCUGUCCCUUCAGUUGCAGGAGCAAAUCUUAGCUGUGGUGUUUGGCUAUUUCAGCAACAUACACCCAACCUUUAGAUGCUCAGGGUGCAAUCCUGUGUGUGCCUAGACAGGAAAAGUCCUAUAAUUCCCAGCAUUCUCCAGCAAGCAUGGUUGGUUGAGGAAUGCUAGGAAUUGUAGAAAUAUUUCUGUUUGGACAGGCAUGGGAUUGUUCCCUUGGGCUGCAGUCCUGUGCACCCUUAUCUCACAAUAAGAGCCAUUGAACACAAUGGAACUUGCUUCCGAGUAGGCACAUAGAGGAUUGUGAAUGGAGUUUGGGAUGCCAUACUGCCAUUGGCAACAUUGGGUCACUUUCAGUGCCAGAUGGGUUGACUGUGUGUCUGCCAUAUGCUUGCAUCAUGAACACUCCACCAUUUGAAUGUGAGAUACGCAUCUGCAAACACAUGGUGGGCAAGAGUUCCCCUUGUGUUUGACUCGAGUGUCGGAAGGUGCCGGAGUGCUUGUCCAGAAGGAAAUUAUAGUGUUCCCCACAAGAUGCAGAGUGGACAUCCAAGUAGUAAACAUAAGCAUCCUAACCUUCAGUAGGUUUUUCUGUGUCACUUUGCUAUUAAGACAUCUUUGCAAGUGAAAAAGUAGCAGCCUUGUUUAAGUUUUCCUAGUUUGAAAAGAAAAGAGAAGAGGGCAUCUUACUUGAAGAAAAAGACGUAACCUUUGUAAGGAGCUGCAAUCAUGGAUGGGAGAUUUGGAUCACACAUUUCCAUCCCUGAAAGCACUCUCUCAACCUAAAGGGACUGAGGUUGUGGUCUAGAUUGCCACCUUGGGAGGGUCUUAUCCUUAAAGGCAGUCUAAAAAUAAGUACGGUUGAACAAAAUUGGCAUACUGGAUGCUGUACUGGCCAGGAGUGCAUCCAGGCGUGACCUCAGUACCUGUGUGCUUGACUGAUCAUAAUCAUAAUUUAAAUGCUCCAAAAAGCAGGUAAAGUUCCUUCUUAGAUUAGAUGGGCCCUGGUUAAAACAAAUGUAUGGAAACCACUUCUUAAUUCUAUUGUGAACCUUUAUACAUCUUUAUAAAGAUCCUUCUCUUAUUUCUAUCUAUUCCAUUUUCUUGGAGGCAGGGAAGAAUAAAUUCUAAUUCUGCCUUUUAGUUAUCAACCUUAAGCAGACAGAACAGAGCUGAUGCUAGGGGUGUUUUCCAAAUGAAGCUUUUAUGGGGUUGCUGCCCUCCUUAUGGGCAGUCCAGACAUUACUGUUUUCUGCUCAUAACCCACACAUAUUUUACCACCACUUAGUUUGCCUUUUUACCCAGAAAAUCAGUUAAGAAAAAAGAUGGAAUUGCUGCACAAUGCCUUCAGAUUAGAAGCAUUUGGUGAGCCUUGUCUGAGCUUUCUAAAUUUAAAAACAUGUGUUGUGACUGCAGUCACUUAGAGAAUAAACCUGGCCACCAUAGUUUCUAAAUUAAUUUAUAUGAGAUAAGUUAUCUGCCCCUUUUAUUAAAUCCUUUAGCAAUGACUCUGCUGAAUAAUUUGCACCAAAUUUUCUGGCAAAAUUGAAUGUGUAAAUAGCUAUUUAAUAUAAGUUGAAAAUGUUCUCUUGUACAAUGUAAGUCAGAUUUUAAACAUUUUAAGAAUACCAUUUGAAUCAAAGCUGCUCCUUUUGAGAGAUGCUGGGAUAUGAUUUAUUUUUCCAACUCUGCAUGUGAAAGCCAAACCUGUACAGUUAAGAGAGGAGUAGUUUCUUUUUCCAAAUGUGAAACACAAAUUACUUUGUUUAUUGCCUUGUAUAAUUUAAAUUGUCAUGCAGUGCACUUUAUGAAAAUCAGUAGAAUGAUUUAAAGAGACAAAACUAUUUUUAAGUGUGGUGGUGGUGGUGGUGAUAAAAAGGAUUUAGGCAAAUGUUAUCUUUCUAUUCCUCUGUACAUCUUUGGGCUUUUUUGAAUGGAUAAAGAGAAAAUUUAAUAUAAAAACUAUUCCAGAGCUUUAUUGACAAGAUAAAGAAUGAGUGAAUACUGUUUUACAUAGUUGUGAAUGUAAUAUGCUGUUACCUUAUUAAUAAAAAUAUAUUGCUUUGUGAAAAGGA